CGCCCUCUGUCGGUCACACAGCGUCAUCACAACAACAGUGGAAACAAACAUGGCGGCGCCCUUCUGACUCUCCGCUUCUGUCAUUCAGGGAGCUUCUUCUCAAAGAAACAGCGAGGAAUCUGAAACAGUGACUUCAGUCUGAAACAGGGGGUGUUUCUCUCCACGAUGUCCCGGCUGGCGGUGGUGUGCGGGGGCUCCAGAGGCAUCGGGGGGGCCGUGGCCCUGCUGCUGGCAGAGAGGGGCUGCAGGGUGGUGGUCCUCUCCAGGGACCAGGACUCUGCCCGGGCCGCGAUGGAGGCUCUGCCCGGAGGAGACCACCUGUCCCUCAGCUGUGACGUCUCUAAAGAACAGGAAGUGCAGAGGAGCUUCGAGACCAUCCAGAAAACCUGCGGCAGCGUCUCGUACCUGGUGAACGCCGCCGGCAUCAACAGGGACUCCCUCCUCCUGAGGACCCCCCCUGACCUCAUGGUCUCUAUGCUCCACACUAACCUGCUGGGCUCCAUGCUGACCUGCAGGGCGGCGCUGCGCAGCAUGCUGCGGCCACCAGGCGGCGCCAUCGUCAACAUCGGCUCUGUGGUGGGUCUGAAGGGGAACGCGGGUCAGAGCGUCUACAGCGCCUCGAAGUCCGGUCUGCAGGGUUUCACUCGCUCUCUGGCUAAAGAAGUGGCUUCAAGAAACGUCAGAGUCAACCUGCUGCUUCCAG